GCAUGCUUAAACGGGCCACGAUUAUGCCGUUGCCCUGGUAACAGCCUUUUAAACCAGCAGUGUAGGCGGACCUACGUUUGUAAACUCACGUUGCACUCAAGGCAAUCCAAUGUCAACAGCAACCGAAAUGCACGGUUAGUUUCAACAGUGAGGCAUCGUUUCACACGCGGAUCUCCACAAAAGGAGAAGGUUGAUCGAAACUGUUCUUUGGGUUUAGAUUUUCCUUCAUUUAAUCCAGUGGCUCUGUUCUGCUCAGCCACUGCCUGCAUCAGGCCAGUUAGUGAUGGACAUCACAAAACACUGAAAUCAAACUGGACUGACACUCAAGAUCCAACAUGGGAAACAAACGCAAAACAUCUAGUGAGAUCGAUAAAUAUUCAGAUGCCAGCUCAGGAUAUUUUAGCGCUUUGGAGCAGACAGAUUAUGAAGAUGUGGGUCCAACCGCUGCUGCACCACAGAGCAUGCAGACAGCUUCACAGAUCCCUUUCAUUCCUGGUUCGCAUUCAAGCGUCUCUCCCAUGAUCAUAAUGAACAACCUUUUACUAAAGCAGCCUAAUUCGGUGGCACCUGCAUUAAAACCAUGGAGCUUAAAGCCUUCAUUGGAUGUGGUUCCUCAGUCCCAGCUACUUUUCCUCCAGCCGGUCACCUCCCAAAACUCGGACAAUCAGAAAAAUUCCUGGACGUGUGCUCCCAUGCAAAACACCUUACCAAAAAUUGCCCCAUACCAUUCAAAUGGGACUAAUGCUUACCUUGGUCCCAAUGCCGCCAGUAAAAAGUCAAACCAUAGUGAAAGGCAUCAGCGUCAUCGUCAUGACGACAGACUUUUUCACAGGUUGAAGCAGGAUGAGACAUUUAAGAAUUAUGACGAACACCACAGUGAUGUUUCCUGGGGAGAAUUCAGUCACUCUGCCACAGACGUUGAUGUGGAAGACUCCAGGUCCGGUUUUUCUGACUCUGAGGAGCCCCAUACCACAUCUACACCCUUGUUCCUUUGCUCUGACUCAGUCCUCAGUUCAUACCCUCAAAAGUGUUCCAAAGCAACUUUUAACCAGACUGAUGAUGAGGAAAAUAUCUCGGAGGCGCUCUCUCCAAGUACCAGCAAACGCAAACGCUUCUGCAACACAUACAAUAUUCUGAAUAGGUCAGGUUUGCUGGGCAUUACAUUGCGUACCAAGGAGCUUAUGCGACAAAACAAACGAUCCCAGGCCCAGCUUCGGAGUCUUCAGGCUCAGACUGACCUAUUCUUGGAGGCCAUGGGUACUGGAGACCCAAAGGUCUGGACCAAAUUGCAGCUUACCUUCCAAAAUCUUGGAGGCCGUGAGGAAACUGCACUGGACUUUGUAAGGGAUGUAGAGUCUGAUAUUAAAGUGUCUGGUUGCAUGAUGUAGUGUACACAGUUGUGUAGACCAGAAUAUUUCAAAUGUUGUAUUUUCCUGGGCCCAUUUGUAAAAAAAUACAUUAAUUGUA